AUUGCUGUCACUUAAAAAUAGUCUUCCCAUUCAAGUAAAGUUAGUUGAAGUUGGCCAAUGCCUUCUUGAGUGAGAAAGUGGCCAACCCUCCAACCCCUUUCUUCUCUCUCCUCUCUCUCUCUUUCCUACCCCUUUCAUCAUCCAUGAUCAACCCACCGGAGAAUAAUAAAACCCACAAAAGUAUGAAAGAUUCAAAGUUCUAAAAGAGAGGAGGUGGUAAAAGCAAAGCGUCUGAACCCAAUAUCUGAAAGCUAGCUGCUUACUAUUGAAGGGAAGAAUCAUGUUGUAAGGAUGUUUAGAGAGAGAAAUAUCGAGUUUUAGAGAGAGAGAGAGAGAGAGAGAGAGAGAGAGAGAGAGAGAGAGAGAGAGAGAGAGAGAGAGAGAGGGCCUAAUUUCUUUCUGUUGCACAGUUUCAGCCCUUUUGCUAGGUGCAGCUUUCUGAAAGGAUUUUGGAGGAUUGGCAAAAACUUCUCGAGGGAGGAAUAGUGAUGCUAGAAAAAUGGGAAGGAGUUGGUUUUCUGCAAUCAAGAGGGUUUUCAUACCCAGUUCUAAAGAUAAGCCAGUGAAUGGAUCGGAGAAGAAAAGCACCAAGGAAAAGAAGAAGGGAAAACUGAGGCAUGCAGAGACGAAAUCAUUCAUCCGAUUCAGGGAGCCAAGCAGUAUCGAGAAGAUACUCGGGGAAGUUGAUCAACAGAAGUUACUUGUUAGACCUCCCACGCCUGCCGAGCAACCAAACACACCAACUUUGGCUGUACCCAGGGCUUCAUCUCCUAGGGUUGCUUCUCCUAGGGUUGCUUCUCCAAGAGUUGCUUCUGCAAGAGUUACUUCUCCCAGAGUCGUUUCUCCCAGAGCCGCCUCCGCACAAGUUACUUCUCCGCGAGCUGCUUCUCCACGAGUUGCAUCUCCGAAAGCUGCUUCUCCACGAGUUGCAUCUCCAAAAGCUGCUUCUUCAAGAGGUGUUCAUGAUCAGCUUAAGGAAGUUAGAUACAGGCCAGAACCAACUCUAUGGUACCAACAUCUUUCAGCCAUCAAGAUCCAAUCAGCCUAUAGAGGUUACAGGGCUAGGAAGAGCUUUAGAGCUUUGAGGGGUCUUGUGAGGCUUCAAGGAGUGGUGAGAGGCCAGAACGUGAAGAGACAGACUAUGAGUGCAAUGAAAAUGAUGCAACUCUUAGUUCGGGUUCAAACUCAAAUUCAGUCGCGGAGGAUCCAGAUGUUAGAAAACCAGGCACUCCAACGCCAGCCUUACAAGAACGACAAGGACUUGGAGAGUAACUUCGGCAAAUGGACCGUGAGCCAGUCUGAGGCAGGUCAAAACGAAAACUGGGACGACAGUUUGCUGACAAAGGAGGAAAGGGAGGCGAGGAUGCAGAAAAAGGUGGAGGCCAUGUUCAAGAGAGAAAGAGCAAUGUCCUAUGCUUAUUCCCACAAGCUAUGGAGAACCAAUCCUAAAUCAGCUCAAACAUCAGUAAUGGACACCCAAGCCGGUGGAUUUCCCUGGUGGUGGAAUUGGGUGGAACGGGAACUCCCACCAUCAAAUCCUGCUGAAAGCCAAACUGCAAAGAGUUUUCAUCCAACGCCUCCAAAACCAAGCCCACGGCCUGCAUUUGGAAACUUCAAGCAACAGAAUAUCAGAUAUGAUAAUUUUGAAUCAAGUACGCCAAGGUCAACGAGAUCAGCGGCUCCUAUCGGAAUCUACAAGCAACCGAAUAUCAGAUAUGAUAAUCUUGAAUCAACUACACCAAGGUCAACAAGGUCAGCGGCUCCUAUCAGAAACAGUCUGGGGCUGAUGAAGAACUCGUAUCAGAAACCAAGAACUAGUGCUGCCAAUUCUGCUUUCGAUGUGCCACUGAAAGACGAUGAUAGCCUCAUGAGCUGCCCCCCAUUCUCCGUUCCAAAUUACAUGACACCAACUGUUUCGGCCAAGGCUAAAGCAAGGCCUUUUAGUAACCCGAGGGAGAGGUUCCCGGGGACUCCUACUGGGACUCCUACUGGCGAUCCCAAUAGACGGUUCUCAUUCCCUAUGACGCCUAACAUUGGUUCCUUCAAAUGGAACAAAGGGUCUAGUAGUAAGGGUUCACCUUCAAAAAGGGUGUUUGAAAAUCAGCAGUCUUUGCAAUCUGUCGGGGAUUUGAGUAUCGACUCUACUCUUUCGAUGCCUGCUGCUGUUGGGAGGAAACCGUUUAACCGAUUUGUGUGAUUGUUUUUGGGUUCUUUUUUUCUCCUAUUACGUUUAACAGCUUUCUUUCUAGCUAUUGGGUUUUAGUUUUCCUGAUUGUAUUGGUUUUUUUUUUUUGUUUCAAUACUGAAUGUGUUUGAGUUACAAAUGCUGAUCUUGUAAAAUACUAAUAAAGAAACAGUAGGAUCUGUUGGCUUGAAUGGAAGAGGAUUUGGGUUUUGAGAA